AUGGCAGAUGUGCUGAGCGUCCUGCGCCAAUAUACCAUCCAGAAGAAGGAGAUUGUGGUGAAGGUGGAUGAGGUGAUCUUUGGCCAGUUCUCUUGGCCCAAGAAUGUCAAGACCAACUAUAUGAUUUGGGGGACAGAGAAGGAAGGCCAACCCAGUGACUACUACACUUUGGAUUCUAUCUUGUUCCUGCUUAAUAAUGUACAUCUUUCUCAUCCUGCCUAUGUCCAGCGUGCUGCAACUGAAAACAUUCCUGUGGUUAGAAGACCUGAUAGGACUGAUUUACUAGCAUAUCUAAAUGGGGAAAUGCCAACAUCUCCAAGUAUUGACAGAAGUGCACCCCUUGAAAUAGGUCUUCAACGAUUCAUGCAAGUAAAAAGAGCAGCAGAUGAAAUAUUAGCAGAGGCCAAGAAACCACGCAUUGAGGAUGAAGAGUGUCUGCGGCUUGAUAAGGAGAGAUUGGCUGCUAGCUUGGAGCGUCACAAAGAAGGGAUUAUACAGACAGAGCAGAUUAAGUCCUUAUCUGAGGCUAUGUCUGUGGAAAAAAUUGCUGCCAUCAAAGCUAAAAUUAUGGCCAAGAAAAGGUCUACUAUCAAGACUGAUCUAGAUGACAUAGCUACAGUUAAACAAAGAAGUUUUGUUGAUGCUGAGGUAGAUGUGACCAGAGACAUUGUGAGUCGAGAGAGAGUGUGGAGGACAAGGACUACCAUUCUGCAAAGCACAGGAAAGACUUUUGCUGAGAAUAUUUUUGCAAUUCUUCAAUCUGUAAAAGCCAGGGAAGAAGGAUGUGCACCUGAGCAGAGGCCUGCACCUAACAGGGCACCUGGGGAUCCCCCAUUGUGGAAUAAGCCACCUAUUCCAGCUGUCUACAACAGAUAUGACCAGGAAAGAUUCAAAGGAAAAGGACAAACAGAAGGCUUCAAAAUUGAUACAAUGGGCACCUACCAUGGAAUGACUCUAAAGUCUGUAACAGAGGGGGCAUCAGCUCAGAAGACUCAAACUCCAGCUGCACAGCCAGUACCAAGACCAGUGUCCCAAGCAAGACUGCCUCCAAACCAGAAAAAAGGAUCUCGAACACCCAUUAUCAUUAUUCCAGCAGCUACCACCUCUUUAAUAACCAUGCUUAAUGCAAAAGACCUUCUCCAGGACCUAAAAUUUGUCCCAUCAGAUGAGAAGAAAAGGCAAGGCUGCCACCAAGAAAAUGAAAUACUCAUUCAGAGAAUAAAAGGUCAGAUGCAGCCCGGGGGCACUGCCAUAAGUGUAACAGUCCCCUACCGAGUAGUAGAUCAGCCCCUCAAACUUUUGCCUCAAGACUGGGAUCGUGUUGUGGCAGUUUUUGUACAGGGCCCUGCCUGGCAGUUCAAAGGUUGGCCAUGGCUAUUACCUGAUGGAUCGCCAGUUGACAUAUUUGCUAAAAUUAAAGCCUUUCAUCUAAAGUAUGAUGAAGUACGCCUAGAUCCAAAUGUACAGAAAUGGGAUGUAACAGUAUUAGAAUUAAGCUAUCACAAACGUUAUUUGGACAGACCAGCGUUUUUACGUUUUUGGGAAACAUUGGACAGGUACAUGGUGAAGCAUAAAUACUAUUUGAGAUUCUGAAUUACUUGGCUACCAUUUUCCCCCUAGAAAUUUGGAUUAAGAAGCAUGAAACUGCUCCAUUCUGGGGA